UACAUUCCACAACAAAAGGUCCCAGUCACCCUGCCCUGCAAAAGAUUCCAAGUCAUGUCAAGUGGCUCUCGCCCUUUUGCUUUCCCAUUAUAAAUGAACAUAUCAAGUUUCCCUGAACACAUCUCCCUCGCUUUCCCUUUCUCCCGAGUCUGGUUGGGUUCUUCUUUUACGAGAGAGAGAUUAAAUGUACUACUCUACCUAUAACUCUCCAAAACUCUCGAGGACCAUUGUCUAAAUCUAAAAGUCACACCUUUAUUGCCUCCCCACAGAACCCGAAUCAUCCCCAUCACCUAAAAAGUGGCUUUUUAAAUAAGCUCACCACUAUAGAAUCCGGGAGAGCUCUCUUUGUUUUGCUUCACCACUCACAAGUCAACAUGUUUCGAAGAAAGCACUCUCAGAAUCAUCAGGAGAAUGGCCUUGCAGAACAAGAAGCAAAGGUCAGUGAACUCAGGGCUGCUCUAGGACCUCUUUCUGAUCGAAGUGUAAAGUACUGCACUGAUGCAUGCCUGAGGAGAUAUUUAAUAGCGCGGAACUGGAAUGUCGAGAAGGCAAAGAAAAUGUUGGAAGAGACACUCAAGUGGAGAGCAACUUAUAAGCCUGAAGAAAUCCGCUGGCAUGAAGUAGCUCAUGAAGGCGAGACUGGUAAAGUCUCCAGAGCAGAUUUUCAUGAUCGAUCUGGGAGGACUGUGCUCAUAAUGAGACCAGGAAUGCAGAACACAACAUGUGCAGAAGACAAUGUCCGCCAUUUGGUUUAUCUUAUAGAGAACGGUAUUCUUAACCUUGGUGAGGGUCAAGAACAAAUGUCAUGGUUGAUAGACUUCACUGGAUGGGGUUUGAGCGUCAAGGUCCCCAUCAAAACUGCUCGUGAAUGCAUUAACAUCUUACAGAACCAUUACCCUGAGAGACUUGCUGUUGCAUUUCUUUAUAAUCCGCCUAGAAUAUUUGAAGCAUUUUGGAAGGUUGUCAAGUUCUUCCUGGAUCCAAUUACUAUCCAGAAGGUGAAGUUUGUUUACCCAAAAAAAGAAGAUAGUUUCGAGCUCAUGAAGUCUUUCUUUGAUGUUGACAACCUCCCAAACGAGUUCGGGGGAAAAGCCACACUGACGUACGACCAUGAAGAGUUCUCACGACUAAUGGCCCAGGAUGAUGUAAAAACAGCCAAGUUCUGGGGAUUAGAUGAAAAACCAAGCCACAUUGCUAACAGUCACUCGGGGGCACAGGUGGCGCCAGAGCCAACACCUCUUGCACUGCCGGCUAGCUAAGUCUGGCUGAUGCUUGGACUAGUAGGCAAGAGACCAGAGACAUGGACAGUGUAGCCUGGACUAAAUUAACUGAUACUUCAUUAUCAAAUCUCAUAAUGGAACUUGAAAAAACGUUGAGGUGAAUAAGCAUUAUGUUGUUAUGCUAAUGUUUACUUCUAACUAUUAAAAAUAAUAGUCAUCCACUGCUUCUUCCUCUUU